AUUCCAUGGAAUACCAAAAAAAUGAUCAUUUACUUUCAUCUUCUGUGGAUCACAGUAUAGUUCAAGUUCAUUUGUGUCUGUUUUGUUAGAUUUAGAGAUGCACUUGGUUAAUACCAUGAUCAGUUAUUGCAUUUGCAGAAGAUCAAAGAUUCCAUUUCUUGUGUGAACCUUAUUGAGAUGGAGUGAUUCCCCAAGACACAGGGUUCUUUCAGGGUUUCAUCAAAAUAUGUUCUUGUAGGAUUUUUUUAAAAUAUAUUCUGCCAUAAUGCAGUAUUGCAUCCAGUUUCACCUUUAAAACACAAACUCAGGUAGAAUCUUCAAUUUUGCACAAAGGUCAACAGAGUUCUUUUGUGUCGCAGUCAUUGUAGUCCAGUUCUGCAGUUCUUAACCAUCUGAUCGGUUUUGUGAAAUUUGCAGUGUCCUUGGAAAUAUACAAUGACUGCACCAACGGAUGAUAUUCGAAACCAGAUCUUACUCCGACUUCAAACCGAAAAUAUUUAAAGUUCAAAUUAGUCGAUUUCUUUGGGACACCCUCUGGACAUAGGCAGCAUUUUCUCGGUUUCUGCUAUGUCAUGUACAGCGUGUUGAAAGUGCAUAGGAUUAUCUGUUGUUCACUGAUUGAGCCCCACUAAGCUAUCAUUCAGUGCAUUUCCUUAGACAUAUUGAUUUAUCUAGUCCCGUGAGACCAUUGAAUGGAACGACAUGUGAUAGGUAGUCUUUGGUCAUAUGAUCCGAUGGAAAUGCGUCUCUCGUGCCCUGUCCGUACUAUCGUGCUAUCGAAUUAUCUGUUUCGGAAUUUAUCAUUGGGUGCAUCCGCACUGUUCAUAUCAAUGAUGAUGGUUGUAAAGUUUAUGACUGUUAAAGUCAGAGAUAACAUGAUUUAUUGCUCAGUUCGAACAGACUCGACGUGUUCACUGAUUUCGAAUUGCAGGAAAUGUUUAUUUAAGUGAUCAUUUGCAUUUGUUCAGAUUUAAAAUUGAUAUUAUUAAUUUUGCUUUUGGGAUUUCAAUUAAAUCGGAUCGACAGCCUAGUGGCAUUUCAAACGUGGAUUUAAAUUCGAAACUGCACGAAACAGAUGCCAAAUGAGCGAAUCGGAUCCCAAUUCGAGCACCGAUCGCGCGGAUAAGGGGACGGAGAUAGUCUCGCGAGAGUAGUCGUUGUUGGCUGCGAUGUCGGUCGAAGCUUCCAAAUAAACGAUUCCAGCCGUCUCCGUCUUUUCCAUCGAAAUUCUUCCAGAAAAGUCUGGAACAGGUCCCUCGUUGAUAUAUGGGUCUCUCCCGCCCCCACUCGAGUGCCCCCUCGAUAACGCGCCGAACCGACCAGUGCAGUCCCAGUGCGAGUCCCGACCUCGCGACUGACGGAUCAAAGCUAUCAGCAAUGGGCGCAGACGGCUGCUCGAGGUCCCUCAUGAGCCGACAGCCCUUCAGGGCCUGCUUCCGGCGGGACCUGGCCAGCGGGAAGGUCGGGGUCUUCCAGGUCCUCCUCGCCGUCACUUGCUUCGUACUCGUCCUCGUCACGGGUCUGCUGCUGGGCCACUACGCGUGGAAGUCGAAAUCCCCGUCGGGGCCGCCCCUCAUCGACUCCCAGGCCCUCAUCGACGAGAUCAACGCCACCAACAUCGCCGCGUACCUCAGGAACCUGACCCUCACGCCCCACCUCGCCGGGAGGGAGCAGGAGCUGGCGAACGCCGAGUGGAUCCGCGACAGCUGGGCGACGUGGGGGCUGGACUCCGUCCGCGUCGUCCCCUACCGCGUGCUUCUCUCCUACCCCGACCCCGAGCGACUCAACAAGGCAAUCCAUUUUUUUUAA